AUGGAGGGUGACGAUGCUGACGAUGGCACUAUUGCAGUCGGCAAGACAUUGACGGUCCAAGAGAUUGGCGACAUGCGAGUGCGAGACAUUAAACGACGGUUGCAACGAACGCACGGCUAUGGGGCCGACGAAGUGGGUCGCAUGCUAGACAAGCAAGAACUGAUCCACGCAUUGGCAUUUGAAGAACACAAGAUUCGAGAAAAGAAACUGGAUCAACAAAAACGAGUGUUGGUGUGGCGGGGCAUUCUGGCGGCUCUGUUGUCCGUGAGUGUCGCCAUGUGUUGGCCACUCCUCAGUCACGCAUACGAAGUGGCCGCCGUCAAUUUUGUCGUGUAUACGGAUCGCAAACGACUCGAAGUACGACGCUGUAUGGAACUCCAAUCUGCACUUGGGUUACUGGGAAUUGUGUUGAUGUUCCUUGUGGAUGGAUUGUCGGUCUGGUUGUCAGCGUCCAUUCUACUCUCGUGGGUCAUGACAUCCAAAUAUUUCUUUCCCAUGCCCCCACUACCCAUUCAUCCGGCGAAAUUCAUGGGUGGUGAAGUGGCGUCGGGUCCCAUGUCACGAUAUGGAUUCAACGUGGGACCCAUGCUCGUGUCAUGGGGAUUGCGCUUUCUAGGCAGUCAAUUGGAAAAAUGGACGGGGCAAACAUUGGCGGCAGCACAGCGAGAAAUGAAACGAAAAGCACGCGAAAAUGAAACACAGGCAGCCAAAGAGGAACGACGUGCUAGAAAAGCCGCUCGGAGGGCCGCACGAGAAGAAGCGGCGGCGGCAGAUGCUGCAGCGGCACGGCAAAGUGUACCUUCUGCGGCGUUUGGUCAGCCGCCACAAGAGAUGAAUCCUGCAUUUGUCCCUCCUGACCGGCCACCACCGGCAUAUGAUACUAGUCCAGCCUCAGUCGAAGCAUUUCUAGGAGAAGAGUUUACGAACCCACCCGACAAUGGCAAUGGUGAAGAAGGGGAGGAGGAAGAGCCAGUGGUGGAAGGUACUUCUGGAUUGGAUGAUCUGGAUUGA